AUAUGCAUGCAUUAUUUUUACAAAUGGUGUGUUUGGUUUAAAGGAAAGGAGAGAAAGGCAUUGAGAUCAAAAAGGCAUUUGGGAUUCAUUUUGAAAUUUGCGUGGGGUGGGGUUUGUCUUCUGAUCACCGGUGGCCAUGGGUAAAGGUGACAUUGAGGCUGGGUUCCCCGAUGUACAUAACGACGGCCUCUAUCCAUCCAUGAUAGAGUCUCCUCAACUACGAUGGGGUUUCAUCCGCAAAGUUUACGUCAUUAUUUCUAUUCAGCUGCUUUUCACAGCUGCAUUCGCCUCCAUCUUCAUCUUCAUUUCACCCGUCAGGAAUUUCGCCAAGUACAAUCCUAAUCGUUUCUUUGUUUUCUUUGGAGCCGCCAUUGUUACAAUCAUAGUUUUGUUUGUGUUGAGCAAAUAUUACAAAAAACAUCCGGUCAAUCUCUUCCUUCUUGGUCUCUAUACCCUCGGCAUGUCUGUUACAGUUGGAUUCGCUUGUGCUUUUGUCGAUGCAAAAAUCGUCCUGGAGGCAGCAUUUCUGACAGGUGUGGUGACUGCUAGCUUGACGCUCUACACAUUCUGGGCUGUUAAAAGAGGCAGUGAUUUCAGUUUCCUAGGACCAUUCCUCUUUGCUUCCCUUAUGGUCAUGUUAUUGUUCUCACUCAUUCAAGUGUUUUUCCCUCUAGGACCAACCGGGCGAAUGGUGAUUGCAGGCAUUGGUGCACUCAUAAUGUGUGGUUUCAUCGUAUACGACACCGAUGACCUCAUCAAAAGAUUUUCCUAUGAUGACUACAUCUGGGCUGCUAUUGCCAUAUAUGGCGACAUCAUCAACCUCUUCAUCUAUCUGCUUACAAUUUUGAACGACCUUUAAGUGGAACGAUUCAUUUCACAACUUUUUUUUUAUUAUUUUAACAAAUUAAUUUGACAGUUAUCAAGGGAUGAAUUUUGUAUAAUUUAUCGCCUCAAUAUUGUUGAAUUCCAAUCUUCAUAAAGAUUAUAGAAUUUAAAAAUUAAUUAUAUGUUUUACCGUACCAAUUUAUUUAA